GAGUACGAGGGAGGGCAGACAGGGACCAGGAACGCCCCAGCCCCCAGGCGGACAUCUAGCGGCUGCACCCAAACCAAGGUUGUCUCUGAUAAACUAAAACGAACUUCCAUACUUCUCCUCGCCGGCGUGAAAUCGGAGAGCAUCGUAGAAGCUCGAAGGUUCUUGAGCGUCGAGAAUGUCGAAUCUCCCUCAAUCGCUCUCCAUGAGUGUUGCGUUUGGAGGUCCUGGUCCUGGUCCUGGUCCGUCCAUGCCCAGUGCCUCUGGAGCUCCACCGAACAAGGAGCGUAAAAUGGCUUCUUCGGAGCAGUUGGUGCUCGACCUCAGCAAUCCGGAUCUCCGGGAGAACGCUCUACUUGAACUUUCGAAGAAGAGGGAGUUGUUUCAAGAUUUGGCCCCAUUGUUAUGGAACUCUUUUGGAACCAUUGCUGCCUUAUUGCAAGAGAUUGUAUCAAUAUAUCCUGUUCUUUCACCCCCAAAUCUAACACCUGCGCAGUCGAAUAGAGUUUGCAAUGCUCUUGCUCUUCUUCAGUGUGUAGCCUCUCACUCAGAUACAAGGAUGUUGUUUCUCAAUGCUCACAUACCGUUGUAUUUGUAUCCUUUCCUUAACACAACAAGCAAGUCAAGGCCUUUUGAGUACUUGCGCCUUACUAGCUUGGGUGUCAUCGGUGCGUUGGUGAAGGUAGAUGAUACUGAAGUAAUCAGUUUUCUUCUGUCAACUGAAAUAAUUCCUCUAUGCCUGCGUACCAUGGAAAUGGGAAGCGAGUUGUCAAAAACAGUUGCAACAUUUAUUGUGCAGAAAAUUUUGCUGGAUGAUGUGGGGUUGGAUUAUAUUUGUACUACAGCUGAGCGAUUUUUUGCUGUUGGUCGAGUUCUGGGGAAUAUGGUAGCAGCUCUUUCUGAACAGCCUUCCUCUCGUCUGUUGAAACACAUAAUCCGAUGUUAUCUUCGGUUGUCCGAUAACCCAAAAGCUUGCGAUGCCUUAAGGAGCUGUCUUCCAGACAUGUUGAGAGAUGCUACUUUCAAUGGCUGCCUCCGGGAUGAUGCAACCACUAGGAGGUGGCUGCAACAGUUGCUACACAAUGUAGGAAUGAGUAGAGUUCCAGCACUUCAGGCAGGGGCUGGAUUUGACCACAUGAUGGUGAACUAGAACUCAAAUGUCCUAACGGAGAAACCUUUCUCCGAAACUCUCGACUAGAGGGCGUGACUAAUAGAACAGACUCGAGUGGACUUCACAUUGUUGAAAUGAAUCUCAUACAAUUCAUCCUUAAAAUCUGUAAGUCAAUCCUAACAUUGGGAUCUGUCUUUCCUGGAAAUGGGAGAAAUGAUGAGGAGGUAAGACAAAAAGUUUCCCUUCCAAUUCUCUCAACUGUUACUAUGGUAAAAAUAGGUAAACAUAGAUAGGUGUGUUGUGAUUCAUAUUUAAUUUAGCCAAACCACAGUAUGGAAAGAAAAUAUUGUGUUGUAUUUUUAUAUGAUUUGUCAUGCACUUGAUUGGAAAGUCGAGUAUUGUGGAUUUUUCGAUAGUCGUUGAGAAUGGAAAGAGUGACUCAAUUUGUAGUUAAUUAUACACUCUAUUUUAAGGCGUAAAUCAUUGUAAA